AGACAGAGCAGUGAUGAAGUGGGGCAACAACACGUGAGGAUAGCUUUAUCGCACAAGGUCCCACGGCCCGGCAAGCAAAGCAAUAUGCCAUUCCAUCGAUGGAACUCAUCGAAGUCGCGAUAGUUCCAGCCGGUAACUCCAAACAAGUUGCGCUCCGUUGCCUCGAAGGGUGGACGAACUAUCGACCGUCAUGAUGCGUCCAUCAUCGAUAUCUCUGCGCCGCCCCGCCCGGCAAAUCCUCUUUUCCUCUGCCUCCACGAUCCGAGCCGCGGCACCUGUCCCGACUGCUGCCACCCAUCGUUCCCUAAGCACCAGCACCAGCACCGGCUCCGGCUGCACAUGUGCAAACGGCAGCAGACGCCCCCAAGUAAAACAGACCCAAAAACUCCAGCAGCAGCAGCAGCAACGGCAACACCGCAACGCCUACCACUCCUACGACCACCCAUCCUCUUCCGCCGCCUUCACGCCCGUCGAGGAAUCCAUUCUCAGCGCCGCUUACCAGCACGUCCCUAGUCACGGCUUCACACCUUCUGCGCUCGCCGCCGGCGCCCGCGAUGCCGGAUACCUGGACAUCAGCCCGACAAUCCUGCCCGAGGGCGCCUUCGCUCUGAUCCGGUAUCACCUGGUCAAGCAGCGGGAGGAGCUCGCGGCUCGGGUAAGCGAACUCUUUGGGGGCGAGGGACACGUGGGAGCUAGACCGGGGCUGUCGGAGUGGGAGAUCCGGGGCCGCGUGGAGGCGGUUACGUGGGAGCGCUUGUCGGCGAAUGCGCAGGUUAUUGGGCGGUGGCAGGAGGCUCUAGCAAUCAUGGCACAACCAUCUUACGUCCCUCUUUCGCUUAAGGAGCUCGCCCUGCUCUCGGAUGAGAUUCUUUUCCUCGCCGGCGACUCCUCCGUCGACCCGUCGUGGUAUACCAAGCGCGCUUCGCUCUCCACCAUUUACGCCGCUGCCGAAUUGUUCAUGACCAACGAUCACUCCCCUGAGUUCAUGGAUACCCGGGCUUUCUUGAAUCGCAGGCUCAGGGAAGUGAAUGAGGUUGGUGGUGUAUUCAGAAACUUGCGGGAGUGGGUUGGGUUUACUGCCACGGCGGGUGUCAAUGUUCUGCGCAGCAAGGGUGUCAAGAUAUAGAAUGCUUAGAUCUAAAGUCCAUAGCGAGGGCGCGCCGCGUACGCAUAUCAGUG